UCCCGGUUGGCCAAGACUUGGAAGAGAAGUGGGUGGGUGCGGUAAUGCAAAAAUCAUCUAAAUAUUGGGGCGGGGAGAGGCGGCUACUGUUAGCAAGGCGAAGAAAGCUGCCAAAGUGGAAGAACUUGAGUGGACCCCCGUGCAUAAGGGGCUGGAUUCCUUGGAUUGGAGCUGCAUUUGAGUUUGGGAAAGCCCCUCUAGAAUUUAUAGAGAAAGCAAGAAUCAAGUAUGGACCAAUAUUUACAGUCUUUGCUAUGGGAACUCGCAUGACCUUUGUUACUGAAGAAGAAGGCAUUAAUGUGUUUCUAAAAUCCAAAGAAGUGGAUUUUGAACUUGCAGUACAAAAUCCCGUCUAUCGUACAGCAUCAAUUCCAAAGAAUAUCUUUUUAACACUGCAUGAAAAACUUUAUGUCGUGAUGAAAGGGAAAAUGGGGACUUUCAACCUUUGUCAGCUCACUGGACAGCUCACUGAAGAGUUGCACGGACAGCUGGAGAACUUGGGCACUUAUGGGACAAGGGACCUGAACAUCUUAGUAAGGCAUCUCCUUUAUCCAGUCAGCGUGAAUACGCUCUUUAAAAAAGAUUUGUUUCCCACAAACAAAAGGAAAAUCAUGGAGUUCCAUCAGCAUUUUCAAGCUUAUGAUGAAGGUUUUGAGCAUGGGUCCCAGAUACCAGAAUGUUUUCUAAGAAACUGGUCAAAAUCUAAAAGGUGGCUUCUAGCAUUUUUUGAGAAAAAUAUUCCAGAUAUAAAAUCAUACAUACCUGAAAAAGAUAAUCCCAUGACACUAAUGCAGGCUUUGCUGGAUAUCAUAGAGACGGAAACCAGUGAGCAAAGUCCCAAUUACGGGCUCCUACUGCUUUGGGCUUCUUUGUCCAAUGCCGUCCCCAUUGCAUUUUGGACCAUUGGAUUUGUCCUCUCUCAACCCAGUAUCCACAAGGCCAUUAUGGAAAGCAUAUCUUCUGUGUUUGGCACCGCAGGUAAAGAUAAGAUUAAAGUGUCUGAGGAUGACUUGAAGAAACUCCCUCUAAUUAAAUGGUGUAUUUUGGAAACAAUUCGUUUAAGAGCUCCAGGUGCCAUUACUAGAAAAGUGCUGAAACCAGUUAAAAUUUUGAAUUUCACUGUUCCUUCUGGUGACUUGUUGAUGUUGUCUCCAUUUUGGCUACACAGAAAUCCAAAGUAUUUUCCUGAGCCAGAAUUGUUCAAACCUGAACGUUGGAAAGAGGCAAAUUUAGAGAAGUACGCUUUCUUGGACGGCUUCGUGGCCUUUGGAAGCGGGAAGUACCAGUGUCCCGGAAGGUGGCUUGCUAUGUUAGAGAUUGAAAUGUGUAUUAUUUUAUUAUUUUAUUAUUAUGACUGCCGUCUUCUAGACCCAUUGCCAAAACAGCGUUCUCUCCAUCUGUUGGGUGUCCAGCAGCCAGAAGGACAAUGCCAAAUUGAAUAUACACGAAGAACAUGAUAUCUUCUGGGUCUGAGGAGGACCAGGCCUUCUGGAGGAGUGGCUGCCCUCAUCCCCUGGCCUGGCAGCACCUGGACCCAGGCGCGACCAAAACGUGCUGCUGAACUGUGCUUUAGUAUUUAGCUCGAACAAGUGUCCAAAUGGUACCUCUGUUUGGAGUCCCAAGAGUAGACCAACAAUCUGACAUCACUCUCACUGAUAUGAAGACCUAAAUACAUGGUUUAGAGAAAAUGUUUGAAUGAUCAAGACGAGGAGGCAUUUCUUAAGAAGCUGGAAUUUGGUUCCCGCAAAACUGUAUUAGAACUUUAAA